ACACUAAUGAAUACUGACCUUGACGUUGUGUCCAAAAUGUGCAGUUUGUGAUAGAUGUAGAUCGUCAUGUUCUUCGCUCCUAGUUUUGGCCUUCUAGAUUCUCUCAAUCUCAAGCUUUUAUGGUUACUGAUUUUUGUUAAUUACUGCCCUAAUAAAUAUAACUGGAUUCUAUGCUCUUCCUGGGUGAUGGGUUGACCUCCUUUUUUAAAGCUAACCCAGCUCACGUUGCUGUGCAUGCUCCUCUAGUCCAAAGGGCACUUUAUAGAUAGGCGUAAACCUCUAGAAAUGUUUCUAAGAUUUUUGCUAAGCUCGGUGAGACUAAAACAUCUCUGGAUUUUAGUCUUAGCAUACAUUAUUUCGUUCAUUUUAAUAGAUCAUCACAGCUACUCACUGAUGCCUAUUUGGGCUUUACCUCUUAAAACUAACGGACAUGUUCAAUCUGAGUCAGAUUCCAAUUGUAAGAACUUAAUUAGUGCCGUUGUUGAAUAUUUAUCAUAUAAGUGGAACACUUACUUAUCGGUUGCUAUUCCCCAGUCAAAUAAUAGUUCUUCAUCUGAUCUGAUCGUUUUUCAACUUCCGACGUUUAAGUCUCUUCAGUUUUCCGUCUUGGAUCCUUACCGUAAAUUAGCUAAAUUUAUAAGUUUUCAAAAAAUCCAGUCCAACAAUUUUGAUCGCCAACCGAUCAAAUUGAAAUCCUUUUUUUAUAAGGGGAGUUUGAUCCAUGUAGUUGUAGAGUAUCGCAAAACUAGCUCUCAAGUGAACACAUCUAUCGUAUUUGAGAUCGCCGUAUAUGAUAGUCAGCACAGUGAAAUAUGGAGAAAAGCCCUGUACCGAAUUCUAACGAAUGAGACUGUGUUAGAUCUCAAAUCAGUCCCUAUUUCUAUAUCAUUUGAUUUAACAUGCGGUUUGGUUCAUCCUAGACUGUGUGGAGUAAUUUUUGUUGGUUUCCUGAAUAAUAACAUCAGUGUAACGCAUUACUCUACCGUAUCGCUUUCAUUGGAAGAUGGGAAAAUACUUUGGCAUCAUCUAGUUGGUGAUUUCGAAGAUUCAAGAAAAGCUUAUGAAAAUGAUCUAAUUCUAAAGAACUGGAAGUUAAGGAUUUCAAAACACUAUCGGUUCAAUGCACAUAUUGAUGAAUCCCCGUGGACUCAAUUUACUAGAAGUCUCUCACAUAUUUUGCCUAUUCGUUGGUAUGGUGUGGUUAGUUGUGGAAUUCGCCUUGUUCAUGCAAGGAAACACUCAGAAUACUCCUUAGAAAAUCCUGUACAUAUCCCAAAUGCAAUCGCUGUUAUACAUCCAUUAGGUCUAGAUCUUUUAGAUUUAAAAUCUGGGCGCCCGCUUAUGUCUAUUGCUUUGAAAUGGAAGAUCGGGUCAACAUAUACUAUUCUCUCUACCCCGAUAUCUGAUGGUCUGAUUUCUCGUCAGCUUGGAUCGCCUACAAUUUAUGAAAUACGGAUAGCUUCAGAAAUUACGGAUUCUCCAUCAAAUGGUUUAAAAAUAAAAUUACAUUCUGAUUCAGAUCAAGUUAAUUCAUCACUUGGAAGUGAAUUUUCACACACUGUCGACUGUCAGGGUCUUUUUAUCCGUCAUGAAUAUGUACCUAAUAACUGGGAUGUAGUCAAAUCAUUAUACUCAAAUGCAAUGAUUGAAAUUCAUUCAUCCACUUAUCAUGGCUUGUGUCGUCCUUUUAGAAUGUGGGAAUAUUCUAGGUUAGGUAGAUCUAAUUGGCAAGAAGAUUCAAGAAAAUUAACUCCACCAGUUGUUAUGAAAAGACAUGUCCUAUUAUCAGGCUUGGCUGGAUUAUGGUAUUCACUAAUGCAUGAUAAAGGUAAUGAAUUUAUUUACCAUGGUAUAAAUCAAGGUUCAAGUCAUACAAAUGAUCAUGAUGAUUAUGAUAUUUACUUCCUAACUUCGGAUGGAAUUAUAACUUCUGUAUCGAACCAUGGUUAUGAAAACUGGCGCGUGAGUUCGGAAGUUUCAUGGUUACAAGUUUCACGGACGUUAGGAUCAGUUGAUCUUCAUGGAGAUAAAGAUUCUGUUGAUAAACAUUUGAAUGAUCUAUAUACAGAACACUUUCAUCCCUCCUUAACUGCCAUCGAUCUUGUGUCUUUAGGACAAGGAUUUGUGCAUGGUCUUGGCAUAUUUUCCAGCAAAAAGCCCACUAUACAUACUAUUCCAUUGCUGGUUUCUACUGGAUGGGAUUCUGUUGGUGUUGUUGAUCGAACUAAUGGUAAAUUAUUAGCUGCACAUAGACUCCCAACUCAACCAACUGGUCAACCUUUUGUUAUUUCACUUACACUAUCCAAUACAACUAAGUUGUCAGAGGUUGUCAAUGUGCCUACUAUAUUGCUGGUUCCAUGUGAUGAUAUACUUGUUGGUUUCGUUUUGAUACAAAAUCUACGCAUGUGGCUUUUGAUACCUUUGAUAACUAGUUUAACUGUAUCAUUUUUUGUGUUUACAUGGUGUUGUGAGUUGGAGGCGCAAACUGUUACAAAAUUUUACAAUUAAAUAUUGUUUUGAAUUUUUCAAAUAGUUUUACUUAGUGUUUUGUAUAUAUGAUGAUUCUUUUUAUUGUUACAAUUUUUUUUUGAAUUUUAUGUAUAGACAAAAUUUACUGAUUAUUGUAUAUGCCUCAAGCGAGCAGCAGUGAAUUGAUUUAAAUUACUUUUCCAGAAACAUGUCAUCCUUUAUUAAAAUUCUGAAAAUAACUUCUGAAAUCAAACUCAAUCUGGUGUCCAAAUAACAUGAAGAACACAAAGGUUCUCUUGGAAAUCUGCUCAGG